GUACUAGAACACCGAGGGGUUAAAGUUAAACCCCUAAUUUGAUUUCAUUGUUGCUGCACAUUUCCAUGGCCUCACCGCCGCCGCGUCCCGCCUUCAUCGGCGGCCUUCAGAGCACCAAGAAACCUCUAGGCCUAUUAGCCAACGCCAAGAAGAGAAAGCACAGCUUCAUUCAGUUCUUCGCGAUGACCGGAAUUCUGCUCCUGAGCGUCCGCUCUCUGGGCCAGAAGUACCGAAUCAACGAUCUCCAGGGAGACAUGGCGGCGCUCAGAGAAGAGGAAGGCGGCCUCAGUAAACGAAUGGAUCGCAUCAAGCAAAGCCUUCUCGCCGAAGCUGCCGCCGAUCCGACCGGCCGAUUUGCUUCCCGCCUCCGCAUCCUCUUCGCCGAAGACAAGUAAGAUUAGGUUUUUUUACAAUUUCCUAAUUUCUAUGGCGCAAACUGCAUUCCGAUGAUCCUGAAUCACUACCUGUUGAUUUCAAUUUGGAAUUGAGAUUUCUUUGAGAAUGUAAUAAAUGCUCUUUAAAAACAACGUUUUCGGUUAUCCCUGUUAUGCUUCAAAUCAUAAAAUCUUUUAGCUGCCACUCUGGUAGUGCUCUUGAAAUGUAAUGUAGUACUAAGGUAAUAUGUAAUCCUUAAGCUUCUUCAAUCAAAUGUUUAAGUGUUUAUGCUUGAAGGAAUGGU